GCAGCCUGCUGAAGGGAAGCUGCGACUCGUCCGAGGUUCUCCUUCCGCCGUCUGAGUGUGCUGAGAGCAGUCUGAUAUCGCUGGGAGGAAAAUGUCCUGUGGGCUAUGGAAAGAGACCUUGGUUGUGGCAGAGGACUACCUGUCCCUGUGCUGCACAAGCCCACAUUCAGCCCCUCCACCUCCCAGCGAGUCAGCCGCUGCCAUGAGGUGCCUGGCCCAGGACAUGGAGAAGCAGCACCAGGCUCGCUUCCACUCCCUCACUCAGACCUUCCUGAGGCAGCCCGGGCCGGACCUCUGCUCCAGCCUCAGGAGGGUGAUGGAGGAGCUGGUGGGAGAUGGACACUUGAACUGGGGGAGGGUUGUUUCCCUUUUCACCUUUACUGGGGUGCUGGCCAGACAGCUGCAGGAGCAGAGGGACACGAAGCCGGGGCUGGAACCCGGGAAGCGGCAGGAACUGGGACAGGGGCCCGUAAACUGCAGGGGACUGGCAGAGACCAUAGCUGAUUACCUGGGAGAGGAGAAGAAAGACUGGCUGUUGGAGAACGAUGGAUGGGAAGGCUUCGUUAAGUUCUCCCUCAGUGCCAGAGAGGUGAGUCAGGACUUGUCCAUGAAGACAGCGCUGUUUGCUGCUGCUGGUGUCGGCCUCGCUGGACUCACCUUCCUCCUGGUGCGCUAGCCAGCCUUCUGCAUCCGUACCACGUCCUCACCCAUGUUCUCAAUUUGUUUGGCACAAUUACGUAGACAUUUGAAUUCUAACAGUAAUUCUCCAAAACAGGCUCAAUCUGUAGUGAAUUCAGGGUUCAUGUCAUUGAAUGUUUGCACAUACUGGGACCCCACACACACACACACACACAUGUACACACAUUAAUACUGACAUUCUGUCACUUGCUCCUUAAGAUUGUAAAAACAAUUUCAAUGCCUUCAGAAAUUUUGGAGUUGGUGACAUCAGUUUGCAUAUCUUAGGUUAAUUACUAAAGCACAGGCUUCUGCACAGAAUCACCUUGCGUUCAAAGUUUGUAUCGUCAGCUGUGCAGCUCAAAGACAUUUCAGUUUCCCCACAGAUCUUUUUGUUUUUCAUUUUAAAAUGAUCAGCUGCCUUUUAUUUCACUUGUUUACCUGAGUUGUGUAUGUGGUAUAGAGACGACAAUUCUAGUGUACAAUGUAUAAAUUAAUAUAUUAUAUUUAUAUAAAACAAAAGCGUGAGCAGUGGCCCUUUUCUAUCCGAUCCACAGCUAAUUUAGUUGUUUUCAAGUUUGUCCUACAUUCAUGUGAAAUGUCUGUGAUUUACAAGGUCAGCUGAGCUGUAUGGUACAGCCGUGAUGGCCACACAACGGUGCUAUAUGUUUUGAAACGUUUCUUGUAUCAAUCUACCAAACCAGGGACCAAUCUGAUUUCAGACAUAUUGCUAUUAGAACAAACCGUUGCUAUAACGCCCCCCUCCCAAAUCUCAAACAUUAUAUUUUUACAUUGUUUUGUUUUAUUUAUUUGUCACUGUUUUUGUAAUAAAAGAAAACAAUCGAGGACUUUGUGAUUCUUGUGAUUGCGAUGAAGUGUGGGCGACUGGUUGCGGUGAUGGCAGGUUUUUAUAGCUGUUUUUUUUUUUUGUUUUUUGCUCUGAAGGUCUGAAGCAGGUCAUGAGUGUUGCUGUGGAAAUUGAAUUGUAAAUGAGUCUCCCUUGACGUGCAGACACAUUGUCAUAAAUAAGAUAUGCUGUUCUGUCUCUCCUGUGCUCCUCCUCUGGACAUCACAGUGCACAAAGCUGAAGUAGGAACUGCCAUCAUAAGGGAUGUGUCAGGCCUAAGGUUAAUAAAAGGCAGUAGUUAACAAAG